AUGAAAAUUCAAAUCUCUGUGGUCAGCACUCAAACUCUUGCACCACCACCAACAGUAAAAUCCAGUUUUAGAUCUCCACCACUGAUAUUGCUCCAGUACUCCAUCAAAAUUCCAAGUCAAAUCUCCACCCCAUCAACAUCAAGAUCCAAAUUCAAGUCACCAGUCUACAUUGAUAUUCCUCCACCACCAAAAUCCUUGAUACUCCUUCACCAACAUUAUCUAAUUCAAAUGAGAACCUCCGCCACCACUAUUGAAGCUUCCCCAAUACCAUCAUCAAAAUCAAAAUCCCCCCCCCCCUCCGCAUCACCAACAUUGAAAUCCACAUUCAAAUCUCCAUCUACCAAAAUUGAAACUGACAUGAAAUGCGCGUCGCCGAAGUUGAAUUCCACAUUGAAAGCUCCAAAACCAAUAUUGAAAUCUCCAUCAUCACAAUUCUAG